CUGUUGUUCCUCAAGAGGAUGCUUCGUAAUGCAGGCUUUCAUUGCAUCAUGCUGGGUACCAACACUCUGGUGAUGAAUUUCAACAAUGCUUUACAGCAGACGAGAAAUAGCCGAGGCAAGAACCAAGAGACUAUCAAGUGCAUCACCCAUCGAGCUCUUCCUCCGAUGAUCCUUCAGUCUGAUGAGCAGCGCGAUAUCCUGAAGCAGGUGUUUGGGGAAGAGAUGAUUGAGGGGUUGCUCGACAAUGUCAACCCCAUGCUCUGCCACCUAUUCUUCAAGUAUUGGAGAGGUGGACAAGGGAAAGAUAGCGCGACCUUGUUUCGAGAUCUAGCAAAUCCACUGUUGGCCUUAGUACGAAGUGACAAGAAAAGCCUCAAGGACUCAUCGUUGUACUGUAUGUUUCAGAUAGCAACGCACGAAAGCAUGUGCCAGGCGCACAUCUUGCAAGGCUUUGGUGUCCUCAAUGCUUGGCCGAUGAGCCAAGUCCCUGCACGCGGCAGCUCGGAGUCAAUCGUUGAGCUUAAACGGACCGACAAUCAGAUUGAGAUGAAUGGGAUCGAACUCAACGACUUAACUAGCAAGUUCCCGCCAAGCUGGGUAGACCCCAUCACCGUCGCGAUCUGUGCUGGCGGGGGGAGACCUUUCGGGAACAACUCGAGCCUUGAGGUGUUGAGGAGGAUCCACCGAGACGCUCUCAAGCCCAUGGAUGAUCCAACAGCAGUAGAUGCGCUGCGCCGAGACGGGAACCUGCUGGAGUCGUUUGGAGGAGUCGUGGUGAUGUUGACGAGCUGGGCCGAUCCUGAGGACAUUCUUUCAACCCUCAGCCAUCAUUGCGGAAGGGAAGUGAGAGGCAAAGUGAAGGAGGUGCUUGGUUGCGUGAAGGAUGAAGCAUCAGCACGGGAGUUCCGCAAAGUCUUGACUCAGUGCUUCUGUAAUCUGAUCCCCUUGCGGGACGGUGACGAUGAGAUGCCUAACCAUAAAGCUUUCGGGUACUACAUUCGAUGCAAGGACAAGCGGAGACGGGACGGAGAGUUUGUGGGCCCCGUCCACAGUCCUGAUGGCCAAAGCAGCAUGAGGGGAGCAGCGGAGUUUAAGAACCGGAGAAAGCCUCUUGGUCAAUCGCAGCUCACGAAGUUUGUGAAGAAACUAGCCAACGACAAUCACAACCUCCUGUUGUUCAUGGCUCCGGCGCUAGGAGAGUUCAAGGCUGAGAACAUCCUACCGACAGAUGGAGAUGCCACGUGGUUGGUUCUGCAUUGGACGAUGGACACAACGAAAUACUCAGGAUGGCACACUGAGGUGUUAGGCGGAAAGGCGAAGUGCAAAAGUCAUAGGAUACUGAUCCUUAUGGAGAUCGGGCUGUCAACGAAACCUUUUAGUGGAUGAAUGACGAGGACCCGUGAAGAUGGAUGCCGAGGACCCGUGAAGAUGGAUGACGAGGACCCGUGAAGAUGGAUGACGAGGACCCGUGAAGAUGGAUGACGAGGACCCGUGAAGAUGGAUGACGAGGACCCGUGAAGAUGGAUGACGAGGACCCGUGAAGAUGGAUGACGAGGACCCGUGAAGCAACCGGGAGAUGAUCGCUCAGAGACGCAGACCAAUGAGGGAUGCUGGACUCGGUAGAAAAGGAGAACGAGAGACCGAGAAAAGAUGAAGAGACGCUAGAUCGAUGACGAAGCGACGAAGAGGACGUGAGAGCUUUGUUUGUGCUGGUCUUGUCUGGUAAUGAAGCAUCCUCUUGAGG